AUGGUUUUUAAUGUACUUUCACCCAUUCUGCUUACAGAGCCUCCACCUAAAGUGCGUCUGGUGAAUGGUCCCCACCACUGUGAAGGACGUGUAGAGGUGGAACAGGAAGGUCGCUGGGGCACUGUAUGCGAUGACGGCUGGGACAUGAAGGAUGUGGCAGUGGUGUGCCGAGAGCUGGGCUGUGGAGUAGCCAAGCACACACCUAUAGCCAUGUUGUAUCCACCAGUAGUUGAUGAAGCUCUGCCUGUGCUCAUUCAGGUGGCCCUGUGCAAUGGAACAGAGAAGAGCCUGGGUGAAUGUGAGCAGGUCGAGACCUUUGAUUGUGGACAUGAUGAAGAUGCUGGGGCUGUGUGUGAAGCAGUCUUGCCUAGCACUUCCUGAAGAUCAAAUGACCAGACACCAUCAGACCUCCUAUUUUCUGCUUUUGAGCCUCACCGACCUAAUAGUCCAUAGUUUUCACUGGACUUCAAGACUUCAUCUGUGAUUCAUCCUUCAACAGGACGCAAAACAAUUCUGCUCUGAGCUUAAGUUCUAACAGCAGUAAAGAAGGCCCACGUCCUCUAGUCCCUGGA